CCGACAGUAAAAGUCAAUAAACUUUUUAUUAUCACAUCUUGUGAUCACUUGAACGGAUCAACUGAUAGUCGCAGACAUUUGUGGCCAUCACUAGAGUGUGGGUGAAGUGCUUGAUGGACGACCAAUCAGUGCGAAGACGUGUAUUGAUAUUAUACGGCUCAGAGACGGGUCAGUCUGAGGCCAUAUCCCAACAGAUCCACGACCAGUGCGACCAUCACCUGGAAGUGCUGACCGACAACUUCAACAUAUCUGUGGAGCGACUGUGUCUGGACACCAUUGGCGACCAAUACAGCCUUGAGACUGAACAGACAGUGGUGUUUGUGGUGUCGACCACCGGUGAGGGCGAACCCCCGCAAAACGCCCUUAAGUUUUACCGCAAGUACCGCAAGCGUGCGCUUCCCAAGAGUUUAUUAUCUCAUCUGCGGUACUGUUUGCUGGCAUUGGGUGACACCAACUACGAGCGAUUCGCCAACUUUGGCAAAGAUUUAGAUAAACGACUUCAGGAGUUGUCGGCGAAGAAGUUUUACGACACGGGUUUCGGCGACGACGCCGUCGGACUCGAGUUAGGGGUCGAGCCCUGGAUUGAGAACCUCUUUACCGCUGUACUCAACCAUUUCAACGCCUAUUCCUCGCUAAACGUACCCAUAGUUGACGUCAAACUCUUGACACCAGUUGAACGAGAAAUGAGUGCCAAAGAUAACUGUCUACUAAUGCAGACAACGGACGAGCGUUUGUCACAAUUGGAUCAAUUGAAUUUGCCAUUGAUUCCGAGUAAAUUUAAAUCAUUUCAACUGAAACUCCACGAAACGCUUCCCGAAGAAUAUGUAGACAAAUGUCUGCCCAAAGAGUUUUACUUUCAAACGCUUCCGGUUAUGGACUCAAAGGUAUUUGACGCGACUUUAGUGGAAUUGAGACAACUGUCCACCGAUUCUGUGGCCGAUAAUGACGAGACUGAUAGUCGUUGUGACGCUAAGACCAUAAUUGAGGCCACAAUGAGAAUAGAGAGCGAAGGGGAGGGCGGGUGUAGUGUUGGCCACGAAGCGGGCGAUUCUUUCGGUGUUAUUGUCGGCAAUUAUGACGAAGAAGUCAAUCAAGUGUUGCACUCUUUGGAUCUCUCAGGCAAACGAGACUUUUAUUGCGAAGUCUUGACACCCGAAGUGUUCCCACAUUUGCCCAAAAUAUGCAAAGUUUAUGAUUUGAUUAAAUACUAUUUAGAGCUGCGAUCGGUUCCCAAGAAGUCAUGUCUCAGACAUUUGGCCGACUUUUGUGACAAUCCGUCCCAAAAGCGACGCCUUCUGGAGCUGAGUAGUCGCGAAGGCGGCGAAGACUACAACCGAGUCGUACGCAACCAAUUCGCCGGCAUUUUGGAUAUCCUGCAAGUGUUUGACUCUUGUCGACCCCCUCUGGACGUGUUGGUGGCCAACAGCCCGUGCUUUGCGCCCCGAUAUUACAGUGUGUGUAACGCACCCGACCCUCUCAACCGAAAUCAAUUCAAAAUAGCCUUUUCUGUGACCACUUUCGAGGAGACACUACUCAGAAAAGAUACUCAACUGUUUGGUGUGUUUACGGGAACUCUAUUCAGACUAUUAAGACAUGAGGUGUCGGCACAGGGAGAUAGUGUCGACCAAUGUUUAGCCAAAUUAAGUCUCGAGUCCAAUAUGAAGAGCUUUAAAGCGUUUAAACGCAAGAAUCCAUACUUCAAACUGCCGUCCAAUGUGUCGAUCCCUAUAGUGAUGGUGGGCGCGGGCACUGGUGUGGCGCCGUUCGUAGGAUUUCUAGGACAGCGCCAACUCGUGUCAAAACGGUCGACAGUGCCGGCCGGCGAGUGUUGGCUAUUCUACGGGUGCCGACACUCGCGCCGGGACUACAUCUAUGAGCGCGAGUUAAAGCAAUACCAGAGCGACAAAGUGUUGACCCAAUUGUAUGUUUGCUUUUCGCGGGAAUCAGUGGAUGAAAAGUCUCCUAAAUAUGUACAAAACCUGAUCCAAAACCACUCGACAGCCCUCUAUAGACUCAUUGAUGUGAGGAAAGCCAUCGUUUACGUUUGCGGCGAUUUGAAAGGUAUGGCCACUGAUGUGUUCAACGCAUUGGUCAGUGUUGUGGAGACGGCUGGCAAACAGAGCCGCGAAAAUGCUGUCAAAUAUGUGCGUGAAUUGCAAUCAGAGAAGCGAUACCUUCAGGAUAUCUGGACUUAA